UGUUUUUUAAUUUGCCCCCGAAACUGUAGCUGCGAUCAGAGGCAGACAAAGAAGACGGAGCGACCUCUCCUUCGGAGCUCCUUCCCCGGUCUUUUCAUUUAAAAACCGCAAAAAAGCAGACCCUGAACUUUAUAGCAACAACCGAAGGCGAAAAAAAGCAGGCGGCGGAUGGGAACGAGCGGCGUCUCGGUGCGGGGAGAGGGACGGACGGCUGUGCCUUUCUGGUGGAAAUAUAUGUCUUAUCCUACCACAUCCCCGCUGAAUUUCCUUCGGAUCCUGGCAGAAGACGCUGGAGCCGCGAUGGACAAUGCCUAAUCUGGAUUAUAAAUCCCAAUCCACACGGAUGAUCUAAGGGGGCAUUUGAAGUUCGUGUUCUGUUCAUAUUUCGCUUGUUUGGCCGAGGAAAUUGGGGGCUUGGCUGCCCCUGACUUUGGAUAAAGAUGGCCAAGUGGUUUAAAGAUUAUCUGAGUUUUGGGAGCAGGAGGUCUCCCCCACAGCCCCCCAAACCAGAUUACACCGAGAGUGAGAUCUUAAAGGCGUAUCGUGCACAGAAGAGUUUAGACUUCGAAGAUCCGUACGAAGACGGGGAAGGCAAAGCCGAUCCAGAUCCUGGAGGAUCGCCUAAUAAGGGGUCCGUCUGCGGUGGCAAUUUGGAAGGAAAAUACGGGUCCCCCAAACACCGGCUGAUCAAAGUGGACGCCUCCGAUCUUAACCGGAGCAAAGCUCUCCUGGCCAGUGCUGCCGAAGAAGCAGCCGCCCCGUUAGAGAAGGUUACAGCUCCUCAGGGAGAGGCAAGUACUGGAAGAUGUCAAAAAAGUCAAGAUGGCAUGAAAAAAGGGGUCGGGCUUCCAUUGCACAGUCGUGGCUGCCAUCUUGACUUUUUUCACACACACCCACCCCCCAUGGAUGCCCUGCUUGGAGCAAAACGCCAUUAUACUUAGGUAUGUGUGAAGCAAAGCUGUACAAAAUGGAA